AUGAGCGCGUCUCUGAAGAAUGCCGUGAAGCGUAAAACGCAUAAGGAGCGUGCACAGCCGACUGCACGCCGGAAGUUUGGGCUCCUUGAGAAGAAAAAGGACUACCUACUUCGUGCCAAGGACUUUCACAAAAAGGAGGAUGCCAUCCGGGUUCUGCGCGGCAAGGCGGAGGCCCGCAACCCAGAUGAGUUCUACUUUGCGAUGGAGAAGGCACGGACCAAGGACGGCGUGCAUGUGGUUAGCACCAGCGAGCCCAACAGGUACUCCCAGGAGGAGCUGCGACUGAUGAAGACCCAGGACGUGGGCUACCUGACCCUCAAGGCCCAGGCCGAGGCAAAGAAAGUGGAGAGGCUGAGGAGCUCCCUGCACAUGAUUGGCAUGGCUAAGCCACGGCACACCGUGUUCGUGGAUGGCGAGGAGGAGGCGGCCGCCUUUGACCCCGCAGCCUACUUCGACACCCACCCUGACUUGGUAGGGCGCGCCUUUAACCGUCCCAGGACGGAACAGCUGGCCAACCCUCCCCCCGUGGCGGAGGGCGACACGCUGGCGGGCGUGGCGGCGCGCAGCGAGCGACGGCGGGCGACGGCGUACAAGGAGCUGCUGCAGCGGCAGGCGCGGGGCGAGAAGCUGAGCGCACUGGCGGCGCGCAUGGCGUACGCCAAGGAGGUCGCGGGGAAGGGCAGGAAACGAAAGCUGACGCCGGCGGAGGCCGGCGGGCAGAAGGGCGUGUUUAAGUGGAAGGCGGAGCGCAAGCGAUAG